CCUCCUGGAGUCCCUGUCGCUAGAGGAGUGCGCGAGCAAUCGCGGUCUGCCGGUCCCUCCAAUGCUUCAGCUUCUCAUCGCGCUGAGAUUCUACGGCGCUGGGACAUUCCAGGUCGUCACCGGCGACCUCGUCGCCGUGUCGCAGCCGACAGUGUGUCGGGUUGUCGAGCGGGUGUCGCGACUCAUCGCCGGCACCCUGUUCCGACGACUCGUGAAGUUCCCCAGCACCGCGACGGACUUCGAUCGCGUGAUGCUAGAGUUUUAUGCUCUGAAGAAGUUUCCCGGAGUGACUGGGUGCAUUGAUUGUACUCACGUUAGGAUCAAGGGGCCUGGUGGUCCCGAUGGCGAAGUCUACCGUAACAGAAAAGGGUACUUUUCCAUCAACGUGCAAGCCAUCACGGGACCCCAGCUCCAGUUCUACGACAUCGUGGCCAGCUGGCCAGGCUCCGUGCACGACAGUCGGAUCUUUGACAACAGUCGUGCACGGGUCCUGUACGAGCACCAGCGUGUACCUGGGGUACUGCUGGGAGACGCAGGCUAUGCCUGCACCACCUACCUCAUGACUCCACUGGCCACUCCAGGGGCAGCCAAACGUCCAGAGGAAAGGUAUGCACUACACUGCUGGAAGAAAUCAUGA